AUGGAGUCCACAUUUGAUGGACUCGCGGGGGUGCUUGAAGAGGCCAUGAAUGAGAUCAGAACGAAGUUCAAGGAGGCCAGCAAGCACGCAGGCAUCUGGGAGUCCCUGCAGGCCUUCGCUGCAGCGGUCGACUGGACGGAACCCUGGCUCAUUGCGCUCCUGGCGUUCCAAGCGCUGCUUCUGGUCUCAGUAAUCAUCUUGCGCAAGUCCUGGAACUACAACGUGGGUGUCCUAGUCCUGGCAGCUGGCACGGUGUAUAACGCGCAGCGGCUGAACAGAUUACUGGGCGACCACUGGAGGAGCUUUGCAGGGCAGCCCUAUUUUGACGAGCAGGGCGUGUUCAUCAGUGCUGUUGUGUCGGCGCCGCUGCUGCUCACCAUGUUUGUGCAGCUGGUGAGCUACCUAUGCCAGGCGUCUGGGCUGCUGGUGGACAUGAAGAGGAAGGAGCUUCGCUACAAGGCCCGGCAGAGGGCGCGCCAGGAACGCGCUGCCACGGGUGCCCAGGCAGACACAAAAAAGACUAGCUAG